GGAGGGGGAGAGGUGGUGAGGAGGAGCGGGAAGAGGCAGGGCUUUAAAAAAAAAACAACCCUCUGUGGUCGCCUGCCGCGGAGCCUGGUGGGAGGUAGACUUGCCGGGCCGUAGGUUUUCGCUUCCUGUUUCCGGUUCUCGGAGCGGGGCAGUGUGAGGUGCUACUGGAAAUCCUGGCUGUUGGGACGGGGGCUCCCGGGACGGGGGCUGCAGCUGGAACCUUGAACUGCUCCCUCUUCGGGUCCCGUCUCCAGACGAUAUCCAUUGGGGAUUCCAAAGAAAGGGCAUUCUGAUUAAUAUUCAUGAGGGAUCAUUAAUAAUUCAGCAUGAUCGGCGUUUCGCUCCUCCUCCCCAGUGGCACGAUGUUCCCCUUUUACAGUUGUUGUCGGGCUGGGCUACUGUUUCUGCUACUUCUGACCUUGGCAGUGAAGGAGGCCUGGCAGGCAGAAGAAAAAACCUGUGACUUAAUAGGAGAGAAGGAUAAAGAGUCAGAGAAGGAGCUGGCCGUAUUGAAAAAGCUGUCUCCACUUUUUGGCCAAAGCUUUGAAAGUACUGUGGGCCAGGGUUCAGACUCCUAUACCUACAAAUUUAGGGUGUGCCGGGAAGUUGGCAGUAACAACUCUGGGGCUGGACUGGUGCAGAUCAACUUGAAGACUAAAGAGGAGACAAUAAUAGGAAGGAUUAAUGAAACCCAUAUCUUCAAUGGAAGUGACUGGAUCAUGCUGACCUAUAAAGGGGGUGAUGAGUAUGGCAGCCAUUGUGGCAAGGAACAGCGACGGGCAGUGGUGAUGAUCUCCUGUAACAAAAACACCAUUGGGGGCAACUUCCUGCCUGUUUCUGAAGAAAGGGGAAAAGUCCAAGAAUGUUUCUACCUCUUUGAGAUGGACAGCAGUCUGGCUUGCGCACCUGAAGAUUCUCACCUCAGCGUAGGAUCUAUUUUACUUAUUACGUUUGCCUCACUGGUGGCUGUCUAUUUCAUUGGGGGCUUCUUGUACCAAAGGCUGGUGGUGGGUGCCAAAGGCAUGGAGCAGUUUCCUCAUUUGGCCUUCUGGCAGGAUCUGGGCAAUUUGGUAGCAGAUGGCUGUGAUUUUGUGUGCCGGUCUAAACCCCGAAAUGUGCCUGCUGCCUACCGGGGUGUGGGAGAUGACCAACUUGGGGAAGAAUCAGAAGAGAGGGAUGACCACUUGCUCCCCAUGUGACUAUACUGGAGAUACCCAGCCUUUCUCUCUCUCCACCCCCUGAACCAAAGCAUCCUCAGCCAGAUUUCUCCGCCGCCGCCGUUGCUGCUCCAUCUCUUCUACCAGUUUUUUCCUCUAGUUUGCUUUUAACUUGCACUCACUCUUUGUACCCACUGAGCUGCCUUCUCUCUGCUCCAUGUUUUCCCUUUGGAGUCUUAGUGGUACUGACCAGAGAAAUGUGCCUAGGAGGAACAAUCCUUACGGGCCAAAGGGAAAUGAGGGUUUGAGAGGGAGGGAUUGCCCUUGCAGAGAAAGGAUGAUAGGAAGAUGUACAGAUGGCUGGGAGUGGGCAAGAGACUUUCCUGGCCUUUUUACUGCAUUUUUUGAGGUUAGGCUUUUCUGAGACACUGGAUUCUAAAGAAAAAAAAUUAUUUAUAUAGGGUUUUCAUUGUAACCCUAUGCCUGCUCUUAUUAGAGUUUGGUUGGAAUUUUGAUCACUUCCAACUUCCUGAAUUUGGUCUGGGCCCAAGGGAGUCCAUCUCUCUUAGUGUCCCUGCGUCCCCUCAAAACCACAAAAUGUGAAUUUUCCCAGGCCAUAAGAUUUUUGAGGUACCACUAGGUCUUUUGUUGACUUAGAUAGGGACCUUUAUCUUGAAACAUGUGGAUUGUGAUCUUGUGUUGUCGUUCACAUUUAGCCAGAAAGCCAGAAGCUAAAGGGGGGAAGUGAGACUGAAGUAUUGUGCCACAUUGGCUCCUAAAAAGGAAAAUUAGCCAUGCCUAGAAUGGUAGAGGAUUUUUUUUUCUCUGUGGUUCCAGAACCUGGUGAAGCUUUUAUUAUAUACCUUAUGAAUAUGGUCGAUCUCCCCAGGUAUGUGACCUUUCUUUAGCAAAAAUUGCCAAGAAUGCAAAUAGAAACAGGUAGGGAGCCUGGAGCUCUCCUUCCAAGUGUAGAGAAUGCCUAACAUUCCCUCUGCUGGCUCAGGGAGGAAAGUGUAUCUUGCCCAAGAUGUUUCUGGGCAAGAAUGGGUUUUCAGAAUCCCUUCUGGUGCCUCCCUUUUCUAAUUAGGUGGUAUGGCCAGGAAACUGGGCUGAUCCGUUCUUUGGCUAAUAAAGUUCUUCUGGCCAAUCAGGGGCAAAAUAGCUACAGACAAAAAAAAAAAAAUAUCUUUGGCUUUUUCAUUACUGUUCAAAUUUUUUUUUCCUUUGAAAAUGGGGAAAUUAAGAUUAUAAAAUCAGCAGGGUUUUUUUUGUUGUUUUUUUUUUUUUUGGUGUGUGUGUAUAUUUUGUUUUGUUUUCUUCCCUCUUCCCUAACCCAGUGUUUUAAAAUAAGGCAAAAGUCUAUGCCACUUUUUGUAUAAAAACACGACUUUAGAAAAUUAAAAGGACCAAAAAAAAAAAA